AUGUCAUGCAGCGCGCUGCGCGACUCCCGCUUCGCCCCCAUCGCCGCGCGCGAGCUGCCGCACCUGACCUGCGGCGUCAGCCUGCUGCGGGAAUUUGAGGAGGCACGCGGCUGGGAGGACUGGGAGGUUGGCACCCACGGCCUCAUCAUUGAAUUCACAGACCCCCGCAUGAGGUGCCGCCGCAGCGCCACGUUUUUGCCGGAGGUGGCGGGGGAGCAGGGCUGGGACAGGCAGCAGACGAUAGACUCCCUCAUCCGCAAGGCCGGCUAUGACGGCCGGGUGGACGACGCCCUGCGGCGCUCGCUCAAGGUCACGCGCUACCAGAGCAGCAAGGCCAAGAUAUCAUACCAUGACUACGCGGCCCACGGCGGCAGCUGCCGCGACGAGGAGCGCGCGGGCGGCGCGGCCGACGGCGCGCCCUCGGAGGCCGCGACCGUCUACGCGUGA